CCCCGUCACUGGGCUCCUCCUGCUGCCAGGACAGUGCUCCUGUAGAACAGACAGACCAACCGACAGAAGGGGAGGUGAGAACGGAGGUGGCCACCAGGACUGGCUCCGUGAGUGCCACACUGUGGGGAGGGGGUGGGGGCCGUCAUGUCAUCGUAUCAGAAGGAACUGGAGAAAUACAGAGACAUAGAUGAAGAUGAGAUCCUAAGGACCUUGAGCCCCGAGGAGCUAGAGCAGCUGGACUGCGAGCUACAGGAGAUGGACCCCGAGAACAUGCUCCUGCCAGCUGGACUAAGACAACGUGACCAGACAAAGAAGAGCCCAACGGGGCCGCUGGACCGAGAGGCCCUUUUGCAGUACCUGGAACAGCAGGCACUAGAGGUCAAAGAGCGUGAUGACUUGGUUCCCUACACAGGCGAGAAGAAGGGGAAACCCUACAUUCAGCCCAAGAGAGAAAUUCCAGCCCAGGAGCAGAUCACUCUGGAGCCUGAGCUGGAGGAGGCACUGGCCCAUGCCACAGAUGCUGAGAUGUGUGAUCUAGCAGCCAUUCUGGGCAUGUACACACUGAUGAGCAACAAGCAAUACUAUGAUGCUAUCUGCAGCGGAGAAAUCUGCAACACUGAAGGCAUUAGCAGUGUGGUGCAGCCUGACAAGUAUAAGCCAGUGCCAGAUGAGCCCCCAAAUCCCACAAACAUUGAGGAGAUACUGAAGAGUGUUCGAAGCAAUGACAAGGAGCUGGAGGAGGUGAACCUCAAUAAUAUCCAGGACAUCCCGAUACCCAUGCUAACUGAGCUGUGUGAAGCAAUGAAGACAAAUACCCAUGUCCGGAGCUUCAGUCUGGUGGCCACAAGGAGUGGUGACCCCGUUGCCAAUGCGGUGGCUGACAUGUUGCGUGAGAAUCGUAGCCUCCAGAGCCUGAACAUUGAAUCCAACUUCAUUAGCAGCACAGGGCUCAUGGCUGUGCUGAAGGCAGUUCGGGAGAAUGCCACACUCACCGAGCUCCGCGUAGACAACCAGCGCCAGUGGCCUGGCGACGCAGUGGAGAUGGAGAUGGCCACCGUGCUUGAACAGUGCCCCUCCAUUGUCCGCUUUGGCUACCACUUUACACAGCAGGGGCCACGAACUCGGGCAGCCCAGGCCAUGACCCGGAACAAUGAACUGCGUCGCCAGCAAAAGAAGAGAUAACACUACCCUUCCCUUUACCAACUAGAGCUCGGAGCCCUGAAAGCUUAAAUCCUCAUCUUGUAAAUAAAGGCCCUUCUGUCCGCUC